AUGGAUAAAUUCCGCCUGCUCUUCCAGCACUUCCAGUCCAGCUCGGAGUCGGUGAUGAAUGGCAUCUGCCUGCUGCUGGCCGCGGUCACCGUCAAGCUGUACUCCUCCUUUGACUUCAACUGCCCCUGCCUGGCGCGCUACAAUGCCCUCUACGGCCUGGGCCUGCUGCUCACGCCCCCGCUCGCGCUGUUCCUCUGCGGCCUCCUUGCCAACAGGCAGUCCGUGGUGAUGGUGGAGGAGUGGCGCCGGCCCUUGGGGCACCGGAGGAAGGACCCAGGCAUCACCAGGUACAUGUGUUCCUCUGUGCUGCAGAGAGCGCUGGCUGCGCCCCUGGUCUGGAUCCUGCUGGCCCUCCUAGACGGGAAGUGCUUCGUGUGUGCCUUCAGCAGCUCCGUGGACCCCGAAAAGUUUCUGGACUUUGCCAACAUGACUCCCAGCCAGGUACAGCUUUUCCUGGCCAAGGUGCCCUGCAAGGAAGAUGAGCUGGUCAGGGACAGCCCUGCUCGAAAGGCAGUAUCUCGCUACCUGCGGUGCCUGUCACAGGCCAUCGGAUGGAGUAUCACUCUGCUGCUGAUUGUUGUGGCCUUCCUGGCCCGCUGCCUGAGGCCCUGCUUUGACCAAACAGUCUUCCUGCAGCGCAGAUACUGGAGCAACUACGUGGAUCUGGAGCAGAAGCUCUUUGAUGAGACGUGCUGUGAGCAUGCGCGGGACUUCGCGCACCGCUGCGUCCUGCACUUCUUCGCCAACAUGCAGAGCGAGCUGCGGGCUCGAGGGCUGCGUAGGGACUCAGUGGCCAGGAGCCCUGAGCCUCCAGAGAUGCCUGAGCCCCCUGAGGGCCUGGACAGCAGAAGCAGAAAGGCCUACCUACGCGCAGUCUGUAGCCGGGAACAGGUGGACCACCUCCUGAACACCUGGUACAACAGCAAACCUCCGCUGGACCUUGCAGCAUCCCCCAGGCUCUGGGGGAGUGGCCUCAGCCACCGUGCCCCCAUGGUAGCCCCAGGUACUAGGCUGUCCCAGUACACCGAUGUGUAGGGACCU